CUCCUUGUUUGAAGGGCUUCUCCCCCUGUUUCUUUCUUUUCCCUCCAUGGCUCAACCGUGUAUGUUAGCUUGGAAUUAUUGCAAUCUUGGAGAAGCUUACAUGAUCUUUGAGCCAAACCAAUUACAUCUCCAACAAAAGCCUAAUUUUGUCCUACUUCUUGAAGCAAAGUGAACGACAAUGGAGAUGAAUUUGGUCCGAAUAGAUUUAGGGUUGACUCCUUGUUCUGCAAGUGAUUGUGUAGAGAUAGGGGGUGGCUUGACACCGUUCUGGAAUGAUGUGUUUAACUUGCAAGUUUCCUCUUUGUCGCCAUCUCACAUAGGUGUUGAAAUAGUAGAUCCAGAUGGUUGUCAAUGGCAAUUAAUAGGAUUUUCUAGCCAACCAGCAACUGCUUGCAGGGAGGAGUCACGGACUCUUCUCAAAUCACCCAAUAUGGUUUCUCCUCUACCCUGGCUGUGUUUAGGCGACUUCAAUGACAUCUUGAGCCAAUCAAAAAAGGAGAAGGGCAAUCUCGGAUUCCACUCAGGCUAUGCAUGGAGGGCCAUAGGUGGCCGUUGGUGUGGAGGGUCAAAUUUACAUGCUGUUGGUGAAGCUGAUGGUGAUCUGCAAGGGAAGAAUGGUAUUCAAGAUGGCAAAGGGGCUCUAGUUCCCUUAAUAACUUUCUAUAGCAAAGGCUUGAAGAGGACUAGAAAAGAUGGGAACAUGGUUGGAAGCACAUGGAGAUGAAUGGGAUACCUUGUGAUUGCACUGAGGAGGAGCAUGCCCUUCUUCUUGUUGAUUAUUUUUUAAGAAUAGAUUGGGUGGCAACCUACAGGUUGGGGACUGUUUGUUGUUGAAAUCCUUUGCUUUCCCCAUAAAGCUGGUUAAUUAAGUGAGAACGUCUAA